GGCUGCCCUUUCAAGCUUGUUGGCAAGCUCUCUGGGAUAACAGGAGAUUGGGAGUUAUCGACAAAGAACGGGGAGCACAACCAUGAGCCCGUAAUCGAUCCCACGGCACUCCCCCAGCACAGGAAACUCACAGCCACCCAGAUCAAAGACAUUGAGAGGAUGACGAAGGCAGGUGCGCUGCCUAGGACUAUUGCCGUGGCCCUACGCGAGGACCCGGAGGGCAACCCAGACUUUUUGCGCCGCAACAUCUACAACGCCAAGCGCGACCUUCGCGUCAAGAAUCUUGCCGGGCGUACACCCAUUGUUGCCUUGUUGGACAAACUCGAAGAA